AUGGCCAAAGUAAUCACCACCAGGGACCGUCUGAGCUACUAUCUCUGCAGCAACUGCACAGCCUCCUUCGCCAACACCAGGCUCCUAUACACGCACCAAUGCACCUCGCAUAGCCGCUACAUAGUGACAUUCGGCCCCGAUCGCGCAAUUGAAUUCAAUGACAUAACCGGCGCCGGUGUGCGGUGCUUCUGCGGCCAGGUAUUCGACGACGGCCGGCUCUUUACACACGCUCAGCGGUGCGACUUCUGCCUAGCCAAGGCCGACGAGCCCUUUGCCAGCAUCAACGACUGGGAUGACAGGGAAUCCGACAAGGAAGUGGCAGCGACCAGCCAUACCACAUUUGCCGAUAACUUUGAGGUUAUCGAUGAUGACGGAUUUGACUUGGCGGAUGUGACCAUGACGGAUCAACCAACCCUGCUCAACCAGCUGCCGCACGCCACGCAGAGGGUCAAUUCUGCCACCAGCGCGAUUAUGCCAGAGGUAUCGAGUGCCGUGAUGCGCCUGCUGGAGGACCCUGCACUGCAUAUGCAGGAGGAGCAGGACACAGCCAUGCAUCCGAAGCUGCAGAGCACUCAGGACAGCGGGAUCAUCGAGCCUCUGGCGCUGAAGGGCGUAGGACUGGUUGUUUACGAGCCACUGGGUCUGCUUAUCUGCAAGUCCUGCCAUGCAACCGUUCCACCUCAGACGCUGAAGGCGCACCUGCACCAGUAUCACUCGAAGCUCCAAUUCUCUGAGUUCUUCAGCGCAACCGACGGGUCCGCAAAGGUGUGCGUAUAUGGCAUGCAGGCGGUAACCCACGCCUGCAACUUUGUAAAGGAAAACAAGGCCCUCAUCAAGCCCUUCGAGGCUGUCAGGGACGCCAUCUUGCGCCUCCCCAAGCCCACACACCCCGUGCCGCUGCUCCCUGUGCUCAGCCGCCGCGGCUUCUCCUGCAAGGCCUGCGGCCAUGUGUACAUCAAGCGCGCACUCCUCACCAAGCAUCUGCCCGAUUGCCCCCUAUUGGGGAAUAUCGAAAAGAGCCUCUUGGACUCUGCCAACCCUUCCAAGUACCUGCUAAGCCACGGGCGCGUGCAGCGCAUCUGGUGGCAUGGUCGCGACACCCUCUACAUAGUUACACCCAGCCCAACCACCACGCCAGAUGGCUCCGACUCCGAUGCAAUAUACCCGGACCAGAUCGGCCACCCAGAGGGCCUGCCCAUGAAUAGCGAUGCCAGCGAUUCCUGCACCAGCGAUCCGGAAACCAAGGACCGUGGGCCGAGCCUGGUCAACCCGCAGAUUGUGCCGCGCAAGGCGGCAUCGCUGCGUACCCGUUCGCAGCUUCCAGAGCCGAUGACAUUGCGUAACCCAUUGCUGGCGGCGGCACGCACACCUGCCAUGUCGCUGCAGAAGGCACUGGUGACUGCCACGGAGCUCUUCGACUCCUAUGUGCUGGGCGGCCUGCCAGUGCAUGAUCUGACGCUAGCCAUAGCCGCCGGGCUGGCUGACAAUCCGCGGUGCCAGGACCCUGGGUAUUCGUUCCUGAGCGAUCCACGCAACAAACUCGAUCGCUACAAACACACCCUACAGCAGCACCUGGCCACCUCCCAGUUCCUGUCGCCUACCGACUACCAGCUGCUGCAUCCGCAGAGCGCCGAGGCCCUGGUCGCCCGCUUUCAGCUCCGCCAAUGGCUGGCAUUCACCGCGCAGUUCGUAGAUAUUCUUUUGCUGUGCCUACAGCUGACCGGUAUCACCGCCACAUGCGGUGUCUCUACCGAGGAUAUCCGCUUUUGCAAUGCCGAGUACGCCACGCGCAACCUGUUUGCUUCUCUGGGCACGCUGAUGGUCGUCAACAAUGAUGUCACCACCGGCUAUCUCUCGGCACCCUUCUACCUGCCCGCUCCCCUGGCCAGCCUUGUCGUCCAGUACCUGGCCAUGGUGCGGCCGAUGGAACUCAAGGCGAUAGUGGUCCUGCAUAAGCGCAGGAACCCGGACUUUUAUGCUGACGCAAUGACUGCGUACUCGUCAUUCCUGUUUGUUCGUGAAGGACGCCAGAUCAUAGUUGACUCGUACUAA